AUGCGUUGGAGACUGGCAACAUCUGUCUACCUUCUCCUAGCGGCAGUCUCCGACCUCGCCGCAAGUCCAGAUGGCGCGAAGAUCGUCACCGUGGUGGUCUACAAACACUGCGGUACACAAAUCGGACCAGCGAACACGCUCUUCUGUGUCAAUGCGACUUGCCCUGCGCCACCGUACACGGCACCUUCUACCACCCUCACGACAUCGAUACUGUCGGAACAGACAGAGGACGCGAACAGCGCCGACAGCAGUCUGCGAGGCCGGACCAGCAGUAAACUCACACCUGGAAGAACCACAACGAGCGAGGCUACAGAUGGGCAAACUCAUUCAACAGCACCGGAAGGAAGUGAUAGCUAUGUCACAAGUUAUCAGUAUUACACCGGCGCAUCAAGUCUCACAGCACCGCGAACUCUGACUACGAUCCCGCCUGGCAAAGGUCAGGCUGGUACAUACAUUGUCGAGCAGCCCAUUGUUUAUGUAACGAGCUACGAGAUCUACACCGGCACCUCUGUCCUUUCAUUAGCAACCACUCGAACGACUAUCUCACCCAGUGCCGAUCAGCCUGGCACUUACAUCGUCCUCCAACCUUCGCCCGGCUAUGUGACAAGCUACGAAUACUACUCCGGAUCCUCGACCUUACCAGGGCCACGAACUCUUACAACCGUACCGCCUCGGGGCGGUCAAUCUGGCACCUACAUCGUCCAACAACCCGUGAGCUAUGUGACGAGCUACAAAUAUUAUUCAGAAUCUUCGAGUCUUGGAGGGCCACGGACUCUGACCACUGUACAUCCACAGGGCGACCAGCCUGGAACGUACAUUGUCCAACAGCCGGUGACCUACGUGACGAGCUAUGAAUAUUACACCGGUCUCGCAAGCUUGUCCGCACCAAGGACUCUCUUCACCAUACCUCCAGAAGGCGAUCGACCAGGUACUUAUGUGGUUCAGCAGCCUUUGGUCUAUGUCACGAGCUACGAGUACUUUACUGGCCCUUCAAGCCUUACAGGACCUAGGACUAUUACAACGGUGCCUCAGCAAGGCGAUCAACCCGGUACAUAUAUCGUUCAGCAACCUCCAGUUUACGUGACCAGCUUCCAGGUCUAUACAGGAAACUCUGCCUUCACGACGCCACGAACCGUCACUACCAUCCCACCGAACGGCGGGCAGGCUGGAACAUACAUUGUUCUGCUGCCUACGUCCUUCUACGUCACAAGUAACCAGCAAUACACUGGGAUGUCUAGCUUGUCCGCUGCAAUCACCAUAACCACAGUCUAUCCAAGCGCCGAUCAACCUGAUACAUACAUCGUCGUUCAUCCUCCUCAAAGUUACGAAACCAGCUAUCUGGAAUACUCUGGAACGGCAAGUCUGAGCGCUCCUCGCACGAUCACAGUCGUACAGCCUAGCGCUAGCAUCAGAGGGACUGUAAUCAUUGAGACUCCAGUAGCCGCUACAUCGAAUGCUGGGACAGCGUCACCUGCUCAAAGCGUGUCUGCCGGUCUUCCUACAAGCACCAGCGAUGUAGGAUCGCAAUCAUCAGAUGCCCAAUUCUAUCUUACUACAACGAGAGAGUAUACUGGGAGUGCGAUACUUGCGGAGCCCACCACUUUUACGCAAGCUGACCCUAGCGCUGGAUCUCCUGGUCUUGUCGUCAUCGAGACUCCCGCUCCUCUUCCAAUUCCAAGUGGCACAACCGGUCUCGAGAUAGAGCCGGGUCAAUCUCUACCAGCUCCUACAUGGUUGCCUCCGCUGAUCUCAGAGGAGGUUCCUUCAGCUACUUCGAGUAUUGAAGCUAGCACCACAUCGGCAUGUGUAAUCGCCUCGCCCAUGUCAAUAGUAUGUCCGGCAUCGAACAACACCCUAUACACGACUCCAGGAGACUGCAUUGGUGGUGAGAACUCGUACGCGAUCCAGUGCGGAUUGGACUAUCCGGGAGAUGUUUACGUUGCUAUUGUCGGCAUCAACACGAUGCAGGGUUGUGUUGCAGUGUGCUCUGAGAUUGAAGGCUGCGUUGCGGCUGCUUUCGAUACCGACACCAAUGUGUGCUAUGAAAAGGGCAUUGGCGCGAUGUUGAACGGAACUGCCAAUGUGGUGUCUCGACCUAGCUUCGUCUUUGGGUUUAGAGUUCGUGCAGUUCUCAGUGCUCAAGAUGAGGCCGAAGCUAAUCCAUCGGCCACGUUCACAACAAACACCGCUACCGCCAUUUCGACCAGUACGUACAGCAGCAGCAGCUCAUUGCAGCCAGAGGCCACAGCGACAUCGAGCUUACUGCUGGGCUACAUCACAUCCACAUCUUAUGGCGAUUUCACGGCAACAAUUACUCUAUCCAGCGUGCCGCCUGAUGCCUUACAGCAGGGUACGAUAAUCAUUGGCGUACCACAGACGGCGACCUCAGCGUCUGAUCAGACAUCCUUGGCUACCCCGGAGUUGAGUACACCAGGCCCGUUGGUGGUGCCGCCAAUAUCGACUUCGAUCUCCUCGCCGGAUUCUGCAACCACGACCAUGUCAGGGUCAAGCCUACAAGAUUCAGAGUUGUCGACCUCUUCUUCGGCCUCUUCCCCAGAUUCAACAUCAUCGAUCGCCUCAGCUCCCAAUGCAGACUCAACGCUGUCGACGUCGCCUUCAGCAGCCUCUUCUCUAGAUCCUGCAUUAUCGAUCACUUCGGCGUCCAACUCACAGGACACUGUGCUCUCCGCUUCAAGCACAUCUAGCGACGUAAACUUUCCUCCAAGAUCGUUGAGCAGCGUCGAACAGUACUAUAUCACGACUACACGAGCAUACAGCGGCAGCUCGCAGAUCACAGCAGCGAUCACCGCGGAAUCAAGCCCACCUUCAGGCACCAAUCCUGGGCUGAUCGUGAUUGAGACCCCUGUGCCGGCCAGUCCCGCGCCAUCGUACUAUCUCACGACGACUCGUGGAUAUACUGGAGCUUCGCAUUUGACGGGCGCGAUCACAGCAGAAUCGUAUCCACCUUCAGCGGGAGGUCCUGGACUGAUUGUCAUCGAAACUCCGCCACUAGUGAGCAGUGCCACAUACAGCAGUGCCACAUACUACUCCACGAUCACGCGUCCUUACACAGGUACAUCAAGCCUGUCAACUGCCAUAACUGCCGGUUCAUACGCUCCCACGGGCGACACUCCUGGUUUGAUCAUCAUCGAGACACCCGUGUCGGCAGCUCUUUCAGACGCCUAUUCUACAACCACGCGGGCAUAUUCAGGGACGUCGUCUAUCUCUGGCCCGAUCACUGCCACAUCGUUCCCUCCAUCUGGCAGCAACCCUGGCCUAAUAGUGAUCGAAAUGCCACCUCCACCUCCAGACACUCAGUACUACCAAACGACAACACGCGCCUAUACUGGAGCUUCCUCGAUCACGGCAGCUAUCACAGCAGGGUCCUUUGCUCCUGCGGGCACCAAUCCUGGCCUCAUCAUAAUCGAGACUCCAGUGUCGGUCAUUAGCGAGCAGUACUAUCUGACUACCACUCGCGCCUAUGGAGGGACGUCGCAGAUUACAGCACCUGUUACUGCCGCUUCCUACCCGCCUAUCAAUGGCGAACCCGGCCUCAUCAUCAUCGAGACGCCGGUCCCUUCUCCACCGCAGUCGUUUCUGACCACAACACAGCCCUGGACUGGAACCGAAGCGCUCACUGCUCCAACCACGAUCACAACGUAUAGCCCCUCGGGGACCUUGCCUGGUAUUGUGGUGAUCCAGACUCCAGCUUCACCAACUCCAUCGUCGGAGCCAUCUUCCACAGCCGAGGUCUACCUUACUACCACGCAGCCAUACACUGGCUCAGAGAGCAUAUCGCAGGCGACCACAAUUACGACGAUCAGGCCAUCGGGGACCUUGCCCGGGCUAGUCAUAAUUCAAACGCCUACUGCGGCCUUACCAUCGAGCUCACUCCAAACGACGGACCUGGAUGCCUACCUAACCACAACCCAGCCAUACGAAGGUGUGAGUGCGAUCACAGCUCCGAUAACCUUUACCACCCGGAGCCCUUCAGGAAGCUUGCCUGGCUUGGUAAUUAUCCAGACACCUGGCCCGGCUCCUCAAGCCACAUCAACCCCGUCGGCCUCGAUAUCUGAGCUCUACCUCACUACGACCCAGCCCUAUGAUGGGACGAGUGCGAUCACCGCUCCCAUCACAAUCACGACGAUCAGCCCGUCUGGCAGCUCACCGGGCUUGGUAAUCAUUCAAACACCUAGCCUGCCUUCCGAAGCUGCUUCAAGCUCUUCGCUCUUGAUCUCCGAGCUCUACCUCACUACUACGCAACCUUACAGCGGCUCCGAUGUACUUACGGGUCCAACGAUUGUUACUACUAUCCAGCCUUCCGGGAGCUCCCCUGGCUUGGUGAUCAUUCAAACGCCAGGCCUACCUUCACAAGUAGACUCAAGCUCUUCAGCUCCGACGUCCGAGCUCUACCUUACCACAACGCAGCCGUAUGGUGGCUCGGAGAUAAUCACCGGCCCUACAACAGUUACUACUAUCCCUCCAUCUGGUACAUCCCCUGGGCUGGUGAUCAUAGAGACGCCCGCUUCGCUAUCUCAAGCCACUCCAUCAUCUGCGCCAGGGGUCUACCUCACUACAACACAGCCAUAUGAUGGGUCGGCGCAAAUCACUGGGCCCACAAUCAUUACUACUAUAGAGCCAUCCGGUUCUUCUCCAGGACUGGUGAUAAUUCAGACACCCGUCAUCCCUUCACUAACAUCCACGACAACAGCUGAGGUCGUACUGACGAGCAUCACUACUGACAUUUCAAGCGUUCCAGACACCUCGCUUCUUGUAGAGACUUCCGAUUUUACUUUUACAGAUGCCUUUGCGACGACUUCACUGCUGGUUGAGACAUCUUCGGGCCAGAAUGCCACACGAACCAUCAUCGGCACGGAGCUCGACACAGCUACUAGCACGGAAAGCUCGCUGUACACGAGUCCCUACGAAGAGACGUUCAGCCAAACGACUACUACUCUGAGUCUAGAGACAUCCACGACCGACCAGAUAGAGAUUGUUCCUUUGACCGUCUCAACGGACGAGACAGCCUCCACUUUUGGAACCUCCCUUACGACUACAGCACCUACAGAGACCUCUAGCUUGCCCACAGCCACGACAACUGCUUCGGUGACACAAGACUUGGCAUGCCCUACUGCCCAGGCUGCCUACGAGUACACAGAGCCCCAGACGGGGAGUCUAUUUGCCAUUCAAUGCAACACGACUUAUGCAGGCACUGUAAGCGAGGCCGAGAAUGUGCCGAACAUGGCUACUUGUCUUGAGUCUUGCAGCUUGGAUCUCGAAUGCGAGGCCGCGGGAUUCGAUGCAUCAGCCAGUCAAUGCGUCAAGUACUCCGCCCUGGCUUACGGUACCGGCACCUAUUCGCCGAGGAUACAGUUUGCUCAACUGCGUAUGCGAGCAGUCGUCGUCGAUGGAGUUACGAGCCUAUAUGCGGUCACAAGCGGAACACUGACAUCGACCGCAACCUUGACAGAAUCGGCGGUCCUUACCAGCACAACAUCCGCGAUCACUAGCAUCGGCGUAACUAGCUCCCUUGUUCUGACAGAGGACGUGACCUCAACCACAAACGAUCUCACCAGCGUCACCGAAGUCUCGUCGGUCUCAGGCAACACAAUUUCCCAGACGUCAAUUUCCAGCAUUGAGAGCACCGAAAUCAGCACGACAAGCUCGCUCGAGCUCAGCACAUUCUUAGAAACGACGACUGCAGUAUCUUCAGAGACGAGCACCGACAUCUCAAUCAUAGAUGGAACUACGACUCUGCUAUCAUCAAGUGUUUGGUCAGGCUUGGAGACCUUCACUGAUGCGGCCAGCACCUCAACUGCGUCUCCCGUAACAUCCACCUCAAUCGACUCGUCGACUCUGCCAUUUGAGCUUGUGAACAUAACAAGCACAACUUCCGAAUUAUCUAGCUUUCCGUGGAUGAGCACCCUGGUAUCAACCGAGGACUCCACGGAACUAGCCAGCUAUUUCACGACGUCAACGCAGAUCCUUACUUCAUCUGGCCAGCUCAUCACCAGCACCGACAUAUCCUCCAUCACCUCGUCCGAGACAUCUAGUCAAAGCUCUGUUUCAUCCUCAAUCGUCUCGAUAACCAGCACAGCUCUGAAUACGGAAACGAGCAGCAUUACCAGUACCGUAGAUGGAACAGCCACAGCUUCAACAUCAGAGCUGACAACCGUUUCGGAGACCACCACAGGACCCACAUCCUAUAGUACCGACUUUGCAGAAACCUCAUCGAGCUUCGAGACCACCACGCUCCCAGUAGAGACCGUGCUGCUGAACAGUACUUCGACCACUGUCUCGAGCUACCCGCUGACCAGUACUUUGCAAUCAACAGUGGAUCUGACCGACACCACAAGCACGUUGCUUCAAACCACGGAAUCGAGCGUUGUUUCUGGUCUUACAAUCACUGAGAGCCAAUAUUCAACAGAAAUCAGCACUAUCACUAGCAGCUCGCUAUCAACGUACGAAACUACCGCAGCCCAGACCUCAAGCUCAGUUAGCAGCAUUUACUCGACGGUCGAAAGUACUCAAUACAGCGAGGUCAGCACUGUACAGAGUUCGUUCGUCACGGACACGGCUACAGCCACUGGAGAACCGCAAACCACCACAGAUCCCCAGGCUCAAACAUCCACACUGCCCACAUCAAGUACGACGUUGCCUUUUUCGAUCGUUGUCUUGACAAGCACAGAUACCACGACAUCCAGUUUUCCAGCUACCUCAACGCUGGAUCUAACCUCAGAUUUAACGCUCUCAACCUCUUACCUGACUAGCGCAAACCUUAUCCUGACUUCAGCUGGGGACAACAUCACGCAAACAGAAAUAUCGACUGGCCAGAGUACAGUGACAAGCAGCUCGAUUUCCCAAUCCCUGACAGUUGCCUCCAUCACCGAGACCACUGUCAGCACGCUCUCGUCAACUUUCACGAGUGAGGUGCAAGGCACGGAGACUUCCUCAACGGAAACCUAUGUCACGGAAACUGCUACGACGGAGGAGCCAACCUCGACCGCUAUAGGAUCGCCUCCUCAAACCUCCACCCUUCCUGACUCGUCCACGACUUUGCCAGUCUCGAUUGUCGUCAUCAGUUCCACCUCAACAACAAUUUCGAGCUUCCCGUUCAGCCUAACGGCCACCUCGGUCGAAGAAGUCACAUCUUCCACAGGAUACUUUACGACCAUGCUUCUGACAUUUACCUCUUCUGGCGAAGUCAUAAUUCAGACGUCAAUCUCCAGCGUCGUCAGCACGGACACCUCCUCAUCCAGUUCGCUAUACACAACGGUCCUGCAAGCCACAAGUACUACAAUUGGUGAAUUCCUGUCCAGCAUCACAAGCACACAAGACGUCACCUCCACAGCCACGGCUUCGGAAUACACGACCCUGACCGCAACGAGCUUGAAUCCCACCUCAACUGCAACGGGUUCCCCACCUCAAACGUUCACGCUCCCAGAUUCGAGCACAACUCUUCCUUUUUCGGUUGUAGUCCUCUCAAGCACAAGCACAACAAUUUCAAGCGUACCAUCAACAACAACGGGCGUCUCGACUUUCCAAGUCACCCUAUCGACGACCUACAGCACGACCGACACGCUAGUACUCACCUCUGCCGGCCAAGUCAUAACCCAGACGAGUAUUUCACCAAUUUCGAGCGAAGUCAUCUCUACAUCAAACUCACUAUACACAAGUCUAUUCCUGGCUACCUCAACCUCAGUUGAAACCCCAUCCUCAACCAUUACAGACACCCAGGAUGGUAUUUCAACUGCAGUAGCUUCGACUUUCCCUACUACGACAGCUAGUCUUGUCAGACCAACCACGACUGCCUCUGCAGCCACCGAAACUUCAACUUUACCGGACUCCAGAACGACAUUACCCGCGGAGACCAUUGUGGUAUCAAGCACAACUACGAGCCUGUCAAGCUAUCCUUUUACGGAAAUAAGUGUUACAGUUCUGGACGUCACGCUUUCCACCACGUGUUUGACCACAGCGGCACUCGAGCUGACUUCAUCUGGACUUUUGGUCACGAGUACAACAAUAUCCACGGGUACCAGUACCUACAUUUCUCGAUCAACAUUUGUAUACGUAACGUCAUUUUUGCCCACCACGACUUCGGUGCGUACCGACUAUUCAACCAUUGUCAACACAUUCGACGUCAUUGGAACAGCAAUCUUGUCUGUCAAUACCACAGAGACAGCUUCCCAGAUUAUCGAGCCUUCGACAUCUACAGCCUUGGCUCGAACCUCAACGCUUCCAGACUCCAGCACUACAUUACCGGCAAGUCUCAUUGUCCUUAGCAGCACGUCGACCCUGGUCUCAAGCGUGCCUGUGACGAGCGCCUUGAUCCAGACCCAAGAGAUUACCUACUCCACCGGAUAUCUCUCCACAACUCUGUUGGUCGAGACUUCUUCUGGCAGCUUAAUUACCCGCACGCUUGUAUCGUCGGGAGUAACAACGCUGACUAGCACCUCUCUCUCAACAUCAUUGACGACUUCCAGUCAAACUUUGACCACCUGGAGUACGCUGUCCAGCAGUGUCACGAACACAAUUGAUGGCACGGAGACUCUCAGCGCCACCACACAAGUGUCGCCGACGGCAUCCAUCACGCUCCCUACCUCGACAGCUUCAGCCCCCACGGCAACAUCAACUCUUUCUACGUCCACAACCUAUAUCCCAACGACUACCAGCACAAGCUCGAUUCAAGUCGUACUCAGCAGCACGACUACUUUGUCUUCAAGCUUCCCUUACACGGACGUACUUUACUCAACAUCUGAUCUUACGAUCACGAGCAGCACUGUGCAGACAAUUAUCCAGGUGCUGACAUCUUCUGGGCGCCUGAUAACCCAAACGCUCAUUUCUAGCGAAACGAGCACGAUCACGAGCAGUCAAAGCUCCCUCUCUUUAACAGACCUGACUCAAACCUCAACAGUCCAAAACACACUGAUCAGUACGGAUACCAACACAAUCCAAGGCACAUCAACAGCUCAAGCUAGCACAUAUCAAACGGAGACCGCUACUGCCACAGCAGAAACUUCAACGACCACCGCCCCUACCGAAACCUCGUCAUUGCCGACCUCCACCCGAACUCCGCUUUAUGUCACAAGCACCAUCUACGACCGGACUGCAAGUCCAACGACGUAUAUUACUGCCUCGUGGGCUGGCGGCGCAGUACCUGGCACGGUCAUUGUACAAGCCUCAGCGCUUUACAUUACAACGACCUCGUUCGUUUCCGCGGUGCCUACUCCAUCGGCUUCCACUUUGUCAACUUACUCUGGAGGGGCCACCCCCGGGACCUAUCUUGUUUACGCCCAAUGGAGCUACGUCACGACGGUUUCCUACUACAGUGGCGGGACGACAUCGAUAGGCACGAUUGCCUCCUAUACGGGAGGGACUGCCCCUGGCACGGUGCUAGUAGCCGCUCCAUGGUCAUACAUCACUACGACAUCGUUCGUGUUUUCAGUUCCCGCGCCUUCGACAUCGACGCUAUCAACUUACAGUGGAGGCGAGUCGCCAGGAACUGUUCUGAUCUACGUGUUAUGGAGCUACGUGACCACAGUCAGCUAUUAUAGCGGCGGCACAACCUCGAUUACGACUGCAGCUCCCUAUACAGGAGGUACUGUUGCAGGCACGGUCCUGGUCGCUGCUCCAUGGUGGUACGCCACUUCGACUACUUUCGUCUCUUCAGUGCCGACACCAUCAACAUCGACAAUAUCGAUUUACAGCGGUGGGAUCACGCCCGGGACUGUUCUCGUUUACGCAGCCUGGAGCUACGUCACAACGACAACUUUCGUGGCGACAGUGCCUACACCUCCAAGCUCGACAAUAGCGACUUACACCGGUGGAGCUUCGCCGGGUACUGUUCUCCUUUACGCACCCUGGAGCUACGUUACUACGACCAGCUACACAUCUCCCAUCCCUACGCCAUCAACCUCAACGCUUUCGACUUACACUGGCGGCAGCAAUCCUGGAACCGUCCUUUCCUACGCGCCGUGGAGCUACGUAACCUCGACUGCCUACACAUCGCCUUUGCCAACGCCAUCAACUUCGAUACUGUCGACUUACACAGGUGGUAGCAAUCCGGGUACCGUGCUUGUGUAUUCUUUUUGGCUCUACACGACCACGACAAGCUACACUUCUCCUCUUCCCACACCAUCGACGUCAACAUUGUCCACGUACUCAGGCGGCAGCGACCCAGGUACUGUGCUUGUUUACGCACCCUGGAAUUAUGCUACAACCACCAGCUAUGUAUCUUCUGUCCCUACGCCAUCGACAAGUACCCUGGCAACUUUUACACGCGGCAGCACUCCAGGUACGCUGCUUGUCUAUGCACCUUGGUCGUAUGUCACGACUACGACUUUCGUGUCAGCAGUUCCAACGCCCUCAAAUUCAACAUUGUCAACAUACACAGGGGCUGGUCCAGGUACUUUGCUCGUGUACGCACCUUGGUCGUAUGUCACAACAACCACUUAUGUCUCUGCGGUGCCCACUCCGUCUACCUCAACUUUGGCGACCUACACAGGUGGAAGCGCUGGAACGAUUCUCCUCUACGCUCCUUGGUCGUAUGUCACAACCACCAGUUUUGUUUCAGCAGUCCCCACGCCAUCGACUUCUACACUAUCGACCUACACAGGGGCCGAGGCAGGUACCUUGCUUGUCUACGCACCUUGGAGCUAUGUCACAACUACGAGUUUCGUUUCCGCGGUUCCAACGCCGUCGACGUCAACACUGUCUACAUAUACAGGAGCCAAUCCAGGUACUUUGCUUGUCUAUGCGUCCUGGAGCUAUGUCACUACAACGACUUUCUACGGCGGUGGUACCACUUCCCUUUCUACUGUUGCAAGUUACACCGGCGGAAAUACUCCUGGAACUGUCCAAGUUGCAGCACCCUGGAUCUACGCAACGACUACAAGCUAUUAUGGAGGUGUCACCUCUUCCUUUACGACGCUCGCCACGUACACUGGAGGUAGCGCUACUGGCACGGUCUUUGUAGCUGCUCCCUGGAGUUAUACGACUGUGUCUAGCUACAACAUGGACGGUAGUACGACAACUUUAACUCAAGCCACGUAUACUGGUGGACCGGCGCCCGGGACUGUGAUCGUUAUUCAGCCUCUCCAAUACACUACGAUAACUCGACCAUACAAUCCUUCAGGCACAAACACUGGCGUUAUGACAUCGACAUCCGUCACGGCCAAUGGACCAUCGACAGGUACGUUAGUUGUACUCCAGCCAUUGCCCACUUUGCCCUGCGGACGGAAUGGCUAUCUUGUCUCGCAGACCGCGCUAUACAAUGUGGAUUUGUCAUCUGGCACGAUUGUUGGAAGUGCCUUGAUCUCGACCGGUGCAACUGAAAUCAACUCACUCGGUUACAAUGCUCUCGACGGAUAUUUGUACGGCAACACGAGGGGUGUCAGUCCUCAGCAGGUGCUGCGGAUAGGCGCAGGAGGCCAGACUCAGGUUGUGCUAGACCUUCCAGAGCGAAUUGAUUACUACGCUGGUGAUGUCGACAACAGGGGUCAGUACUGGUUAGCGGCGUCACAGUUUAGCGAGGGAAUGUACUGGACGCGCGUGAAUCUUAACACGGUGCUGCCAAGCUAUGGCCAGAUUACUGGGCAGUACACAGCCAGUAAUCGACCUCCCGACGACGUGCAAGAUUGGGCUUUUGUGCCGGGGCGAACUGGAUUCCUUUGGGAGAUCGGAAUCGAUCCCAAUGGCAACACGUAUCUUAUGCGUUUCAGUACCUCAGACUACUCCUGGUCCACUGUCGCGAAUUACGGCACGACAAUCACUGGUCAAACGAAUCCUGGCUUCUCUGCGCUGUACGGCGCCAAUGACGGCUAUCUAUACGGCUCCGAAGGGUCUACUGGACAGAUCUGGCGCUUCUCCUUGGGGCCGACCUACAACGCGACUCGAAUGGGCUACGGACUUGGCUCCGUCAGCGGCGAUGGCGCUCGGUGCGUCAGUAACACUGAGCCCAUCAUGACACCGCCGUCUGUGGCUUGCGGGCCUUACGGAUACAUUAUCCAGGCCAACGGAUUAUACCAGGUCGAUCUAUGCGCAGGUACCUUUGGCGCGCCCAUGCAGAUUGGAGACGGAUCGCUCCUUGUCAACGCAAUCGGCUACAAUUCCAUCGACGGAUACAUGUACGGCUGUCUGUCCAGGAUACCUGGAAGGAACCCACAGAUUAUUCGAAUCGCCGGCAAUGGGUCGUACGUCAUGCUUGUAGGAAGCGACGCACCUAGCAAUAACCUCUGGCUCUGUGGCGAUGUGGACGACAAAGGCUACUAUUGGGCUGCCACCACUGCUGGGCCACUCGGGAACGUACCUUACGUUCAGGUCGACGUCAAUCCGAACCGCCCCGCUACCUACGGAACGAUCAUAAGCACAGGCACUGCUCGAGGGUGCACAUACCCCUUCCUGGAUUGGGCGUGGGUACCAGGUGGUGGCGACGCCCUCUACACGAUCGGUACGACAUAUGGAACCCCCACAACUGGGCAAGCAUGGCUGCAAAUCUUCAACACGACGACUAGAAACUGUACGACACUUUACGGACAUGGACCCAUCUUCGCUGGACCGUCGGUCGUUGCCAUCGGCGCAAUGUACGCCACGCCAGAUGGCUCUUUGUAUGCCGAGGAGAACAACAGUGGCGCAAUUUACAGAUUCAGCACCAAGCCGCCGUACACCGCUCAGUACGUAAGUACGGGCCCUACGUCGUCUAAUAACGAUGGUGCGAGAUGUGUGCAGGCACCUUUGUCGUGCUAG